AUGGGAAAUGUUGACGAAAAGGAGAAAUCCAAAUUCGGACGACACAGGCGCAAGUCAAAGUCGGCAAAGGUUGAAGUCAAGCAAGAGCUUGGUAUUAAGGAAGAACCCACCAACGACGGUGACGAUGUCAUAAACAUACCACGGCCGAGCGUUGAUGGAAGAUAUCGUGCGAAUUAUGAAGGACCGAUCGACUUUGGCUAUGACUUCGAUGAAGUAAAGGAUGACGCAAUCGAUGUGCAACAACCGCAACCAGUCGACAGGAAGAAACAGAUUGGAGGCGCUAAAAGACGAAACAAACGAACGAAUCCCAGGAAUCAGGCGGCCAAAAAGCAAAAGAAGCACAAAUGCCAUGUUUGCGAUCACUUGGAAAUGAACCCAUUCAAAGGUGUUUCUGGUGGACGCAGCAAGCGCAAAUUACAGUCGGCAAAGGUUGAAGUCAAGCAAGAGCCUGGUAUUAAGGAAGAGCCAAAUGGUGAUGAUGACGUCAUGAAUAUACCAAGGCCGAGAGUUGAUGGAAGAUAUCGUGCGAAUUACGAGAGGCCGGUCGACUUUGGCUUUGACUUCGAUGAAGUAAAGGAUGAAGUCAAAUGUGAAGAAGAAGAGACGGACAAAGAAAAGGACUCGACACCAUGUGAACGAUCAAAUGAGAGCACUGUCGACAACGGUAACAACGAAGAUCCUAUGGGUCACGCAAUCGAUGUUCAACCACCGCAACCAGUCGACAUCGGAAGGAAUCGGAAUGGAAGCUCCAAAAGACGAAACAAACGAUCGAUACCCAGGAAUCAAGCGGCCAAAAAGCAAAAGAAGCACAAAUGCCAUGUGUGCAAUUAUUUGGCAAGAGACAAGUCUAACCUCAAAGUACACUUGCGAACUCACACUGGAGAAAAGCCGUAUCAGUGUGAUGUUUGUUCGAAGUCCUUUGCACAUAAACAUAAUUUGGUUCGUCAUAAGAAAACGCAUGGCCAAUUUCGUUGCUCAAAAUGUAAUCAAGGAUUUGAACAAGAAUCAGCCAAGAUCGAUCAUGAAAGACUAUGCGAUCCUCAGAUAGUCCGCCCAUCUGUAGUGUGCUCCGAAAUGAAACCAUUCAAAAGUGUUUCUGGUGGAGGCAGAAAGCGCAAGUCCAAGUCGACAAAGGUUGAAUGGAAGCAAGAGCCUGGUAUUAAGGAAGAGCCCAACAAUGGUGACGAUGUCAUGGAUAUACCUCGGCCGAGAGUUGAUGGAAGAUAUCGUGCGAAUUGCGAAGGACCGUUCGACUUUGGCUAUGACUUCGAUGAGGUAAAGGAUGAAAUAAAAUGCGAAGAAGAAGAAACGGGCAAAGGAAAUCACUCGACUCCAUGUGAACGAUUGAAUGAUGGCGCGGCCAACGAUGAUGACAACGAACUAUUCAUGGCGAUUCCCAGGAAUCAAGCGGCCAAAAAGCAAAAGAAGCACAAAUGCCAUGUGUGCAAUCAUUUGACACCUUGCAAGUCUCACCUCAUAAUACACUUGCGAACUCACACUGGAGAAAAGCCGUAUCAGUGUGAUGUUUGUUCGAAGUCCUUUGCACGAAAAGGCCAUCUGAACUGUCAUAAGAAAACGCAUGGUUUAAAGCAUCAAUUCCGUUGUUCGAAAUGCAAUCGGGGAUUUGAGCAAGAAUCAGCCAAGAUCGAUCAUGAAAAACUAUGUAACCCUCUUCUACUCGAAUGCGAUAUUUGCGGACAUCACACUGCGUUCAAACUAAAUCAGCAUUUGUCAAUAGCACACAGCGACCAUUUCCCAUUCCAAUGCUCUAAGUGCUUUGGAGGAUACGCAACCAAAAACGAAAAAGAGGUCCAUGAAGACAGCUGUGGCUACCGUCAGUAUCAAUGCCAUUUGUGCAAAGAGCAUUGUCGAUCCACACAAAUGUUGAAGAUUCACAUGCGAAAAGAUCACACCGGAGAGCGGAUUCAAUGCAAAGUGUCUGCAGCAAGCUUUGUCACUAAAGGUAGUGCCGAUCGACACAUUAAAACAGUUCACCACUUGAAGGAGAAAUAA